AUGUCGCUUCUACGGCUGGUAGUAAUCCUACCGUUCCUUUUAGCAUACCACUUGGGAACCUGCUGCUUAGUGUUUUUCUUGCUGGAAUCUUUAAGUCCAAGAGAACCCUCUACUAUUAUUUAUCAGAAAACAGUGAUAUUGGCAUUGAUCCUACCAGCUAUCACGUAUGUGCUUCAAUUCUGCCAUGAUAUCUUCACAUUAGGCACAGGGGCAUGCCAAAAUUUCAAUAAGUUCUACUUCCCAAUUACCCAAGAACUCUUAAAAUUCGGAGUUCUUUAUGUGGUUUCAUCUAUGCAUCUUAUAAAUUUCAAGCAGUUGUCAAUUUUCAUUUUCAUAACCAAUUCGCUUGAACUAGUGCAGUUCUUCCAGUUGCUCUCCACCCUGCAAUAUGAAUCCAAGUACAAGAAGUUUUUACAGCUCCACGAUGUAUGGGUCAACCAAGACUUGUAUAAGAACAAAUACUCGUUGGGCAACAAGAAGGAAGUUGAAGAAUUGUUCAAUAACAUCAUUGGAUCCACGGAAAUGGAGAAGCGGGAAUCCGUCACAUCAUACAAUUCAGAUGAAACCCUCAUCAAUCAACAUAUAUCUUUCAAUCAAUUGCCUUCUACCUUCAAUUUGAACAACAAGGAAUCAUCUUCCACGGUACCCAAGACAGAUAAUACUGCUUCGAUGCCAAUUGAUGUAACAAUGGCUAAGAGUGAUAGUCACUUAAGUAACUUCAGCACCAGGAGAGUGACGAACUAUAAAUCAUGUUAUGACUUCGUUGACAAGUUGUAUUCCGUAUCACCAAAGAACACCUACCAUUUAAAUACUGCAACGGCAAUUGCGGCCUUCGAUCAGUAUUCCGGCGAUCAACAACUCGAACAAGACGAUUCGCUUGAAUAUGAUCCAUUGGCUGAAAUUAGGUCCAUUAACGAAAAUAUCGAUGAUCAGAAUGUGUUAGGAACUGAUUCGGACGGCAGUAACGGUGGAACUUCCAACUGGAAUUCUCAAACAUACCCAAAGAUGAAUUUUGCUGAAGGUGCUGGAUUCGAAUUUAGUCAGGACGGUAACACUGUUGAGAGUGACCGUCACUCCACAAAAUCGAAGCAAUCCACAUUGCAAAUGCUUGAUCAACCAUCUCGCUCCACUAAAUGUGCUUGCUCUCCCAACAGAUUUAUCUCUUUCGUCAACUGGUUCUCAUGGUUGUUACCCCCAUUUUUGCCUAUCCACUACUGCCAAAAGAUCCAUCCUAAACGCAAGGAAGCAUUUCCACUUUUGAAACAGAAAUUAUCCACCUACCAUAUGGAGAGAGCUUUCUCUAUUCUGGGUGUCAGCACAUAUGGCUCAUUAGAAGAAGGAAUUUCGUCAUCAAUCUCUGAAGGGGCCAAUCCUUAUGAAAGAUUUAAGUAUUUCGUUGGUUACUACUUUGAUUAUUCCAUGGAUACAAACAGUCAGUUGAUUAGCAUCGAUCCAAUGUUUGUUAGAUUUGGAAUACUUUCCAGGGAGUUAUCCACAUUUAUCCUUAUCUUGAACUCCGUGAAUCAGCUUGCCUGGACUGCUAUCUCAUUUUUCACGCUAGCAAACUUUGUGAUCAGUUUUUCCAAUGAGGAUCUUUUCACUUUCCAAGUUACUUCAUUCCUCACAUGCAUUACUAUUAUUCUCGGAUUAUUCAAAUUAAACUUUUUGAAAUCUGAAAACUGUCCGAACUUUAAAUUGAUUAUUCUCUUCGAAACGAUAAUCAAUUUGUUCUUUUUAGUCCUCUAUGGAGUAACUCUAGUUACUAAAUAA